CGUAUUUCGAAGGAAACAAAUGGCUGUAGAAUGUAAAUUAUAUAUAAGUUUAUCCGAAACUAGGAAAAAUCACGAAUUUCCCUGAUUUUGAACUGAUAAGGACAAAAAAUAAACAACCGACUGUUGUCAUAAAACAGUAUUUUUGAUACUUCUUCCAUCUGGUGUCAACUCUACUCCUUCUAUCUGGUGUCAACUCUACUCAUUCCAUCUGGCAUCGACUCUACUCUUUCCAUCUGGUGUCAACGCUACUCCUUCCUUCUGGUGUCAACGUUACUCUUUCCAUCUGGUGUCAACGCUACUCCUUCCUUCUGGUGUCAACGUUACUCCUUCCAUCUGGUGUCAACGCUACUCAUUCCAUCUGGUGUCAACUCUACUCCUUCCAUCUGGUGUCAACUCUACUCCUUCCAUCUGGUGUCAACUCUACUCCUAUUAAAGAAGGAUAAAAGAUGGCUACCUUCAGCUCCAGAUGUUGCAACAUCUGUCAUGGGAUUAUUGGUAGGAAAUCUUACCGAAUCAUAUCUUCACAAACAGUCAAAGAAUUUGACGAGGUUAUAGCUGAAAUAGGAAUGGAACUGACCCGAGAGAAUAUGUACGCAUGUGUCACAUGUCUGUGUAAAAUAAAAAGAAUUCAACAUUUUGAUGAGAUUUUAAAGUUAGAUAUGAUUAGAAAACAGAGGUCCGCAGUCGUUGAGACUUUGAGAAAAAUACAUCUAGAGAAUAAGGAUAAAGCGCCCCCUAAAACUACGAAUACACCACCUCAGCAGAUAUGUGUUUAUCGAUCAAAACCACCUCCAAACACAUUUAUUCAAUCUCAAGUUCCAGGAUUCAGGGAUAUUUUACCAUUCCCUGGGUCACAGAACAAAACCUCGGGUGAUACGAUCAACCCUGAUCCAUCAUUGGUUCCCUUAGACACGAUUAACCCCAAUCAAUCAUUGGUUGAACCUGUACCAGUCGGUGUAACUUACGUUAACAAUACAACGACCAGUUGUCCAAAUAAUUUACAUGGUUCGGCAAACUGCAAUAUAUUGUUUACAAUUCCACCAUCCUGCUCUCAGAAACCAGAAUCUGUUGAAAUGAAUGCAUCAAACCAUAACCCGCUAUCAAGGAAUGUAACACUGGUUGUUCAAAGCUCCCAGUCUAACAGUACAGGAAGUUCUACUUUCAAUUUAUCAAACAAUAACCCACUAUCAAGGAAUCCAGCACUGGUUGUUCAAACCUCCCAGUCUAACAGUACAGGAAGUUCUACUUCCAAUUUAUCAAAUCGAUCUUCCAGUGGAAAUCAAGAAAUCCCAGUGCCGGUUGCUUUAACUGUCAAUAAAAGUUUAAAUGUAUCAAGUUCAAGUUUAUCGAGUUCAUCCACCACCAUUCCUUUCCUUCUUAAAGCCACAGUAUUAAAACAGAAUUCGUUCGGACAGCUAAGUUCAUCUGAGAUUUCUGUUCCACCCCCCUCAACAGUCAAUCUUCCAACACGGACAUCGAACAGACAAUCUGUUCUACAAACAUUUAUUAAACAAGAGACAGAUUUGCCAAAUGACGAUGCAGAUAUAAAAAUCAUUGGACUGGGACUAGAAGCUGAUAUAAAGCAAGAGAUCCAGUCAGAAGAUGAUGAUGAUAAUCAGGUGGAAACACAGGUACUAUCUGUUCCUGCAGGCCCAGAAGGUAGAAAGACACAGGUACCAUCCAUUCCCACAGGCCCAGAAGGUAUAAAGACACAGGUACCAUCUGUGACAGAAGGCCCAGAAGAUAUAAAGACACAGGUAACGUCUGUGACAGUAGGCCCAGGUGGUAUAAAGACACAGGUACCAUCCAUUCCCACAGGCCCAGAAGGUAUAAAGACACAGGUACCAUCUAUUCCUGCAGGCCCAGGAGGUAUAAAGAAAGAUAUAGGAACCGAUAAUACUCUCCGGCUAGACACUGAGUUAAGUGAAUCUGACGAUGAUAAAAUCAAUAAACAUGUCAAGGAAACUGACGAUGUAACAGUAAUGAAAUUACAUCAGUGUGUUGUAUGUGAUGAGAUUUUUCAACAACUUGAUGAUUUAGAACAACACAAUAAAAUACAUGUUAAAGAUGAGGAAACUGAUGUUGAUGAUAAACAGGACGAUAAAAAUGAACACAUGUGUAAUUUAUGUGAUGGAAAAUUUGAGUCAGUCCAUGAUCUAGAGAAACAUUGUAAGAUACACGAAGAAAACGUCCGAGCUGGCGAUGAUAUUCCUAACCAAUGUGGUAGAAAGCAAGAAAUAAGUCAGAGCUCAAAGUCUUACAAUAUCAAUUCAUUGCCAUGUGACAAAAAUAAAAGUCUAGUUGUUGACAAACGCUAUAAAUGUAAUGAAUGUACGAAAUCAUUUAAUACGCGAGACCAUCUUCAGAGACAUGUCAGAAUUCAUACCGGUGAACGACCGUUUAAAUGUGAUGUGUGUGGUAAAUCAUUUAAUAACCGCAGUAAUCUCAAGGCUCAUGGUAUAACUCAUACCGGUGAAAAACGUUACGAAUGUCAUUUCUGUGGCAAAUCUUUUUUUUACAACAGUUGUCUGCGUAAACAUUUACGGACGCAUACGGGAGAAAAGCUGUAUAAGUGUCAUGUUUGCGAGGUAGCCUAUAGUCGAAACAGUCGUCUGAUCGAACACAGAAAAAUUCACACCGGAGCAGGAGAGAAAGCUCACAAGUGUGGGGUUUGUGAGAAGACAUUUAUUCAUAAUGGACUUCUCAGGAUACACAUGGAGACUCACGAGGUUUUAAAUACGUGUGAAGUUUGCGGUAAGACGUUUAGAGGUAAUCUCGACAGACAUAUGAGAACUCACGAACCUAAAGACAAGAACACCCAGACUCAUCCAUGCGAACUCUGUUUUAAGUUAUUCUCCAGACGGCAACUUUUACGCAAUCAUAUGAAAACUCAUAACCCUAACAACCCUUAUAAAUGUGAUAUCUGUCAUGUUUCGUUCGGUAGAAUGAGUCACCUUCAUCAACACGUCAUGAACCAUACGGAACGAGAGAGAGACCAUACAUACGGAAAUAAAAUAGAGGUUUAAAGUCAGUUGCGGAACAAAUGUUUCCGAUUCAUCGAAAACUCCAUUAAAUUAUUUAUUUUAAGUCAUAGGGGAAAGUGGUAGGCCACAUUUAAAUGUGGUUUCAAGUAGCUAACUCAGUAUCAUCCAAAGUCUUCCACAUUGAAAACACAAAUUAUUUGUUAAUUUAUAUCAUCAAUGAUGUUGUUAUCCAAUAUUUAAGACAAAAUAAACAUUUUACCAUUGA